CAGGAUUGUAUGAUAGGCUUUACGACCAUCUAUUGCGCGGUUCCAUAGUGCACAAGUGCGCGAUGAUGGCACAAGGAAAUUCACAGGACUUUUUCAGAAUGGAUGUACACGACUGGAGAUAUGAAAUGCGACGAGAGAUGCAGGAGAUCCUUCCUGGUCUUUGGCUCGGCCCAUAUCAGUGUUCAAAGAAUAAGGAGCUACUAAAGUCAAAGGGCAUAACGCAUGUACUAUGCAUACGAGAUUCAAACGAGCGACAUGUCGUCAAAACCACUUUCCCAGAUGACUUUGUCUAUCAUGUCAUAGAGGUGUCCGAAUCCCCCAUGCAAAACCUAAUACCAUACUUUCCCGACGCGAAGCAAUUCAUCGACUAUGCACUAGAACAGGGAGGCCGUGUUCUUGUCCAUUGUAAUAGCGGCAUAUCUCGAUCACCUUCAUUCGUUGUCGCCUACGUCAUGAUGUCGCAGCGAUGGGGCUUCCAAGAAUCUUUCACAUUCGUUCAAAAUAAAAGAUUUUGCAUGAACCCUAACGAAGGAUUCAAAUAUCAGUUGAAGGAAUUUGAGCCAAUCUGGAGAGCCAGCGAUGACGAAUUCAUCAAAAAAUAUACCCAUGAGCAGAUUUUACAACAAGGAAAACUCAAACGGAUGAUUGAUGAUGAUGGCAGUGACGAACAAGACGAGAUGCAAAUUGCAGCGUAGACUUUGCUGACGUGUGUUAAUUGCGAGACUGCAUUCUUCUUCGAUUCUUCUGUUCCAACAACACACAGAGGACAACGUGAUUUCUCAAUGUAAAUAGUAUUGCGAUUUAGCCAUGAAAUAUUUAAAUUUAUGAUAUCAACAGAAGUUUGGACAAAAAAGCGUAGAAUCUUCUCAAGUACAUCAGCCGAUCACACAGCUUUGCAUGUGUGGCUGCUUGUUCUGAUUCCCUGGCGUUCUGGAUGUGCCGGUCGAUUUGAGUUCCGGGCUUCAACCUUUCACCCCAUAUUAGCACACAAGUCACUACUUUUCGCAUGCGGAACAUCAAAGUCUAACAAUAUCUCACCACUGCAUAUUCAAUGAAGGCCGAUUUGCG